AUUACAUAAAAUACUUUGAGCAAAAAUGAGUUCCAUGAAAAUUCUUUUCUUUUGCAUUUCCUUGGCUUUAGUUCUAAUGAUUAUCUCGCAGGUGGCUGCUAGGGAAUUGGUCGAGACUUCCAAUUCAGUUGACAAUUCCAAGACAGAUGAAGCAAAUGGCCUAAAAGAAGCCAAGUACCCAGGUGGUUAUGGUGGGUACCCCGGAGGAGGAUAUGGUGGUUAUCCCGGAGGGGGGUAUGGAGGGUAUCCUGGAGGAGGUUAUGGGGGAUACCCAGGUGGUGGAUAUGGGGGCUAUCCAGGAGGAAGGUAUGGUGGAUAUCCUGGGGGUAGAUAUGGAGGGUAUCCUGGGGGUGGCCGUGGUGGUUAUGGUGGAAAUUGCCACUUUGGUUGUUGCGGCCGAAACUAUUAUGGUGGGGGUUGCAGGUGCUGCUACUAUCCUGGUCAGGCUGUGGAUGCUGAGCCUCAGAACUAA